AUGCUCAGUAGGCAUAUUCGCUUACUUUUCUACAAGUCAAAUUUUGGAUUACCGAAUAGGAUAAAUCCAUUGAUCAGCUGCAAUUAUCAUAAUUCGUCACAAUUUUGCCGUGCCGUAGAAGUAAAAGAAACGAGUUCAGAAGAUAAUGAAGGAGCAGAAGAAGCUAUUGGCUAUGCUUAUAACACUGUAGAGAAGAAAAAAGGCCUUUACAGGCCAAAACAUACAUUAGAGGAGCAAAUAGCUUACAUGAACAGUAAGGUGUAUGCGGAUACAUAUAAGGGAAUGCCAGUGUAUCAUUUCUACAGACGUAACUUCAAGGGGCAAGCUAUUUUUAUGCCAAAACCGCGGAUGUUUUGUGUUGAUAAGGAAGGGAAAUUCAAAGUAAAUCACGCUUGCCCUAUCUGCCGAGAUGAGUAUUUAUUCUUCGAUUAUCGGAAUCCUGCUUUAAUUCUGCAGUUUCUUUUUUACCAAACCGAUCGCAUAUUGCCUCUCAAAAAGUUGGGUUUAUGCUUUGAUCAAUACGCGCAACUUCGAGCGCAAUUACUGAAAGCAAAAGAACAUGGUUUCAUCAAAUUUGCUGUACCAUUUCAAAAUUUCGACUAUAAGAACUGGUAUCCGUGGUGGGAUAAAGAAAACGACCAUGUAUAUGUUCGUCGCGAGAUACCAGUAGAAGAAAUUCAUAAGCAGCCCCUGCUGAAGUUUCCAGUUCAUAAUCGUGAUUAUAAUAAUGACUGGGAUCAAUACUGGCUACGGUAUAAUGAAUUUGCACAACGAGCCAAAUAA